AUGGUGGAAGAAAUUGAUCUGCCGCCAGAUAUUCGUUGGCAACUAAUGGAUGAAAGUAAAAUGCACAAACCUGCUAAUCCCAGACGAAAAAGCAGUAUUUUUGGCUCGAUGCAUCGAGAAGAGUUCCCCAUGUCCAAUACUUCGUCAACAGACUCUCUAGAUUUGUUGUUGGAGAAACAAAGGCAACGACAGUUGAAUCAUCCUUUGCAUCAAAAUCAUAUCAGAACAGUAUUGGGCUCACAUCUGAAUAGUGGGCAACGAAUAACGUAUGGUCCAGUGAAAGAGACAAACACUGUUUCACUAGAGUAUGAUCCAAUAUCUAAACGAAAAGUUCUAAACACUUAUGAAAUCAUUGAAGAAUUAGGCCAUGGGCAACAUGGGAAAGUGAAAUUAGCUCGAGAUUUGGUUACAAAACAACUAGUUGCUAUAAAAAUUGUCAACAGACAUAAAAAGCGUACUUUCAAUGAUAAAUUCUCUAAUAGAUUCAAAACUCCUCAAUCUGGCAUUGAGGAUGAAAAGAUCAAGCGAGAAAUUGCGAUAAUGAAAAAGUGUCACCACGAGCAUGUGGUGAAACUAAUUGAAGUUCUUGACGAUGCUAAGUCAAGAAAGAUUUACUUGGUGUUGGAAUACUGUUCUAAAGGAGAAAUAAAAUGGUGUCCUGGUGAUGUCAUAGAAACUAAGGCAAGAGGUCCACCAUUACUAAGCUUUCAACGUACUAGGGAAAUUUUUAGAGGUGUGUUAUUAGGAUUGGAGUAUCUCCACUUCCAAGGAAUUAUUCAUAGAGACAUUAAACCUGCAAACUUGCUACUUUCAGAAGAUGGAAUAGUAAAGAUAUCCGAUUUUGGAGUUUCGUUGGCGUUUUCUUCAGAUAGCAGCACAGACUCUUUAAAUGAAUUAGAGCUUGCUAAGACCGCAGGAACACCGGCAUUUUUUGCCCCGGAAAUUUGCCUUGUUGAAGACACCAUCAAAAAGUUCGAUCUCGAUCCAAAUUCUAAAGAACCAAUAAUUUCUUUCCCAACUGACAUUUGGGCUAUGGGAAUCACUUUGCACUGUUUAUUAUUUGGAAUGCUACCAUUUAUUUCUGACUACGAAUUAGAGCUUUUCGACAAAAUAGUCAACGAGCCACUAGUUUUCGAACCAUAUCAGAAAAUAGAGCAAUGUCAAGUUUCUCAGGUUGAGUGCAAAGAAGAAUAUGAGGAGGCUCAGAAUUUACUCAAUAAGCUAUUAGAAAAGAAUCCCAAAAAAAGAAUGGCAAUCCAGGAUGCUAAGAAACAUCCUUGGGUUUGUUGGGACUUCAACCAUAAUGACUAUAUGAGCGAUCAGGAGAAAUCACUGAAAUUAAUUGAACAAUCGAAUUUCCAUCGUAGCCCAUCAGAACAGGUUGAACAAAUUUGUAUUUCAGAGCACGAGGUAGAUACUGCUGUUGGUGGUAUUGGGCAUAAGAUAAAAAACGCAGUGGGAAAGUUUCUUCCAUCUACGAAGUCAAACGAUGAGUCAAAUACUAAUUCCGUCAAUGAAUUUAAUGAUUCAGGUAACAAUAAAUACAUUGACGGCUGUUUGAAUUCUUGUGCUUCAUAUACAGAUAAUGGAAACCUUAUUUUAAGUGAGGAAACAUAUAUUUCUCCAAAAGAUUCCACAGGUUAUGGUAACGAAGGUACAAAUUUAGUGGAGGACUCGUCAAGUGUUCCUGUACAUGAUGUUUCCGCCAGAGAGAUUUUUCAACAAGAGCUUCAGCGUUUUGACAAUAGAAGAGAUCCUGAUUCGAUAGUUUCAUUGCCGGUAAAUUCCUCAUUCGCUUCUUUAGAUAGCUUCUAUAUCGAUCAUUACGCUCCUCGACAACUGAGUGAGCAUUCAUUUCAAGGUCCCCUUGCCCAGCAACAGAAAUUUGAGGCUUUUGACAGACCUCCGAUUGGUCCAUUUUCCAAACCUAAUUCCAACGGAAGGGUACCUACUCAGACUGCAUUCAGAAUUCCAUCACCUAAUGCACUACAACUUGAUACUUUGACGAUGGGGUCUGGUAUAUCUGGAAGAAAUAUCCGAAGCAAUCUACAUUCGCCUAUUUUAUCUCCGACGGGUACGCUUUCACGACGUACAAGUAAUGAAUUUCCUAAUGCAGCCUUGGGAAGCAGGCUGCGAAAGCCCGCUUCUCUUCAUACAUAUGAUAAAAAUCAAAGCGCAUUUACUAACCCAAGAGUACCUGGAGAUAACCCAUACAGACGAAGUCAAACUCUUCAAUGUCAACGAAAUACGAGGAAACCGAGCAUUGUAUUUGACGGUCUCCAAGAAAGUGAUGGUGAUAGUCAAUCAACGAACUCUCACAUAGAACCCUCAAAUGUUUUUCAAAUGGGUUCGGAAUCAGAAGACGAAAAUGAUAUUGAUAACGGUUUUUAUCUGAGUGACAACCAUUCCGAUGCUGAGUCUCUGCCAUUCGAAUUUGGUAUAGAUUCGGAACAUGGCAGUGUUCUUUCAUUAAGAGAUCUCACUGAAGGCGGUAGAACUACUACAAAUUCGUACACUGAAUUACGAAGCACCAAUAACUCUUCUGAACCACCGGAACAUUUGCGAUUAUUUGGCAAGCAUCUGGUUGACACAUCUAUUCCGGAAAAAGUUACAUCAAGCCCAUUGAAAAAAUCCUCAGAAACUGCCAUUCCAAUUAUUUCCAGUGAUUAUGUUGACGCUUUCACUGAAGUUGAGGGGGUACCUGAAGAAAUGUUAAACAUGAUUCCAGAAAUGCAACCUGAAUUACGAACCACCUCUUCACAACAUACAAAUAACUGCAAUGGAUUAUUUCAACAGUUCUCGUCAAAUGUACUUCCUACUACCCAGGAAUCCAGCGUUGACCAUGUUAUCACGAUGAACAAUAGCAACGAAGCAAAAUUUUUUUUGAAGAAUCUCCUCUCGUCAACAAAGAGCCCCAGAACAAACUCCUUCGGUAACAUCAGAUCUCCUAAACUCAAAAAUAAUGGACCAGAUCGUUUGGCUACUGACAUUUUUGUUAACCACUAUUCAGGUAACAAGGAUAAUAAUAAUAUCCCAGUCGAUAAAGGAGAUAAUGAGAAUAAUACAAGCACCAGCAGAUACAGAUCAAAAUCAGUAAGUGUCGGGUUAUUAGCGGAUAAAGAAGCAGAUAACUCACUUUAA